AUGGAAACAUCUGCCGCAAAGUGUUUGAAAUUAACUGGAGCUUGUUCUUUAAUAUUAUCCCAGUUAACUUUGAUGAAAUUGUCACGUUCACUAGAUGAAAGGAAAAUUGUUUGUAGAGUCAGCGUGGAGGGAAGAAAGGAAAUCAAACAAGAAAAACAAAUUGUUCUUCGACUCAAGCGAGACAGAGGUAAAAAAGAAGAAGAAUUGAAGGGUGACCAGCACUUGUAA